UGUGGUUCGUAUAGGUGGUGAUAGGCUAGAGCCUAACCCAUUAGCGCUGAACCCAACACUUCACCCGAACACAACAGUCGCAGCUGCGAGAGGAAAACCAGCCCACGGGUUUCUUCUCCAACUUUUCCUCUUCCGAGCUGUCAAGGGUUUCAAUGGCGUCGUCUUCCUCCUCCGAAUUCUCCUCUGGAGAUGUUGCCGUGAAGAAGCAACAGCGCCAUGGCCCCCAAUUCAAGUUCCUCGUGCCCCUUAUUUAUGCUCCGAUCCUUCCUUUGAUUCGAAUAGGUCUGAGGCACAAUCCAGUUGUGAGGGAUCGGCUCUUCUUCGGAGUUCUCGCUGGUGCUUUCGCUCACGGCGCAUAUUUGGUAACUGAUCUAUAUGACAUUGAGAGUAAGUGAACGACAUUGAGAACCCCAAUGCCCAUUAUUGUGUUUCAUCGACGGCAUAUUUUGCUCUUACUAGCAAUUCAUCAAGAGUAUGUACUUUGAAGUUUGUGCGCCGGUUGCUGUAUGUUUUUACACCCAUCUUUCUUUCUACUAGAUAAGUUGCUUUUAUUUUAUAUAAAUAAUUGAUGAAUGCUUGGAAGCUUGCUGCUGUCUAUGUGAUCAUUACCAUGCUGUUUAUCGUUUUGGAAUACUUGUCAUCUAUUUCUGAGAAAGUUUUGUAGUCCCGAAUGCUAACGUGAGGGACAAGUGUGUCCGGAUCAAAUAUGCUUACACAUAGAGAAGUUUGUUUCAAAACAUGUUUGACAGAUUUAAUAUAUCUUUACUUCAUUGAGACUCAA